AGAGUGCUCGAGGCGUGGAGCUGGCGAUGGAUCGGCGCAUACCUGAGCGCGAAUUGGCGAUGACGACCGUCUGGUAGAGGCUGGCUCUGGCGUGGAGUGGGCUUGUAGCACUACGGCAGGAAGAUCGUGGAGAAUUUUUAUGUCGUCGGUGGAGGAGGAAGAGGAACUCGUCGUCGGACGGGGGAUUUUGUAGAGGUUCGUGCGUGGGCUGGAUUAUGAUGGAUUGCGCGAAUUUGACGAUUGCGAAGCUCGGAUUCCGUGAGAUAUGCGCCGGAGAAUGGAUGGUGGCUCCCGAUGGAGUAACAGAAUUUUGCCAUAGCUUUCCUGAGGUUGAGAUUUCGCUACCCUGGUGACAGAACAGACCAAGUUUCGGAGGAUAUUGUGGAGUGCAGGAGCUUUUGUCCGAUUUUUGUAGGUCGGAGUAUCGCCUAGUUUUUUUCUAUAAUGGAGAAUAAGGGCUGGGAUGCUGUAGAUGUCCGGGCCGGCGAUGCCAAUACUUCGGCUGCGAAGGAGGAUACUUCCUGUUCUCGACCAGUUCACACUCUUCGACCGAAUUUGGCAGGAGAGAGGAGAAAACCGUCUUGGAAGUGCAGAAGUUUGGUGAGUUUAUGUGUUGGAAAUUUGGGUCGCCAUCUUGAAGACAUCAUCGAAGAAAUUCAUCUUGUUGCUCCCACAUUUCCGCCUUCUGUCAAGGCUUCUCUGCUGGCAGUUGCCCGUAGACGGGAUUUAUUGUGUGACGAACUGUUGGUUGCGUUGGCGGACGAGUCCUGGGAGUUUUUAGAUGUAUCAGGCUCUGAUAUCACGGAUGCUAGUAUUGAGACAUUGGCCAAAGUUUGUCCCCGUUUACAAGCUGUUGACAUCAGUCGAUGUAGCCGGUUAACACCACGAGCUGUGCGCGUCUUAGUCCAGCACAGCCCAUCUCUUCACACAAUUCGUUGGGGAGGAACAAGCUUGAGUAAUUCGACUGCGAGACUGGCAUUAACCUAUAUUCUACCGAAAUUAAAUCUGAGCGAAGAAGCUGAAGAUAGCUGGGAGGAACUUGAUAUAGACCGGGUCGGAAAAGGUGGUCAAGCCUUGAGGUGGCUCGUCUGGCCCUCUAUAGACGAAAAAUCCAGAGAACGACUCGAGACAGAGUGCCCUCGUGUGGUGGUCAAUCCCAAGCCUUUUUCCAGAGGGUUUCAACAUCUGUCUGUACCUUGGGAGGCGUGGCCUGCGACCGUGUUGGAUGCUGGUCUAGUUGAAGAUCUUGACCCAGAGACAUGGGCUGUCAGGACAUCGAGGAGAGUUGUCUUUCAAAAUGUGGCAAGUCGAGAUUCUUCGGUUCUUUCGAUAGCAGAGCGAUUUAAACUUGCCUUUAUCUCCAGAGAUGAGCGACUUGCUCCAAAACGAGCAAAAAAUUCUAGACAAAAUCAACGCCGCGCGGAAAAGGCCUGGCUUAAUUCGGACACGGAAGCUAAGGCCAGAGCAUGGGCUGGCGUGGCCAGGAGAUCGCUGAAGGGAUUAGAAGGUUGAUGCAUCAAUCUACCCGUCACAUGCAUUCCAGCUGUAAAACCUCUUUCGUCCUUCGGAUACGAAGCAGCACGAGCGAGAAUUUUUUAGACGAUGUAUUGUACAAAAGCAACGAGCAAAAGAAAUCAUCUUCCGUCAUGUUCGAGCCUCAGGUUCAGCCCGGCAUCGCCGUUCUUCUGCAUUUGUCCUUGACUUGAGGUCUAGCAACUAUGCGGAUGCACCAUGUCGUAAAGAGCUGCAUCAAAAGCCUCGCCCGAGUUCGGUUCAAAAUUGUUUCCAUCUAAGCUCGGGCGCUUAUAUCAGAAUCUUCGAGUUAUAGGUAGCAAACUACUUCAGCCGAAGGAUAUAAUCAGCAUGAGGGUGUGCUGUAGGUACACUUCGAGGAUUUCUGGACUCAAGAUUGCCGUAGAAAGUGUAAUUUUCGGUUCCCAGAAAUCUACGUAUAGCUAUGCUUAUGUCUCCCACUACUUUGUGCAAGUGGUCCUGAUUCCAAUGACGAUGCCAUUGUUCGUCCUUCCAAACGAUGUACGGGUUGUACCCUUUUGAGAAUCCGUUGACCGGAUUUGGAAUUCACAGAAUUGCAUGACUGGAGGUCUAAGGCUCACAAUGUCGUCGAGAUUUCGAGAAUCGUGAAUUCUUAUGAGUGGCCAUCUGCAUGGAGGCGAGUUAAUGACGAGGCUGGGCUCAUAUCCGUGAAGGCAAUUG